AUGGCACCGCAGACGAAAGAGGAGAAGCUCGCUCUCAUUAACGAGAACCUCGAGGAGGUCCUCGACCCUCAGAUCAUUGAAGAGGUCCUGGACUCGGGUCGCAACGUGAAAAUUUACUGGGGAACCGCCACCACGGGAAGACCUCACUGCGGCUACUUCGUCCCCGCCACCAAGAUCGCGCAGUUCCUGGCCGCGGGGUGCGAAGUCACCAUCCUGCUCGCCGACAUCCACGCGUUCCUCGACAACCUCAAGGCGCCCCUCGAGCUCGUCAACCAGCGUGCCAAGUACUAUGAAUUCAUCAUUACGUCGAUGCUCAAGGCCGUGGGCGUGCGGACGGAGCAGCUCCAGUUCAUCUACGGAAGCUCGUACCAGAAGAACGCCGACUACGUCAUGGACGUCUACCGGCUGAGCUCGGUGGUGUCGGAGCACGACGCGAAACGCGCCGGCGCCGAGACGGUCAAGCAAUCGAACAAUGCGCCGCUGAGCGGUCUCCUGUAUCCCAUUCUGCAGAUCCUGGACGAGGAAUACCUGAAGGUUGAUGUUCAGUUUGGAGGUCGCGAUCAAAGGAAGCUGUUUGUGGCAGCAAAGGACUGGCUUCCCAAGCUUGGAUACAAAGAGCGCGCUCAUUUGAUCAACCCGAUGGUGCCAGGCCUCCACGGUGGUAAGAUGAGCUCGAGUGACGAGGGUAAGCGCCAGAAUAUCUCUUUCCCCUUUGAAGUCAAGAUCGAUCUCCUCGACCCCCCCGAGGUCAUCACCAAGAAGAUCCGCAAAGCCGAAGCGGCCCCCCGGGUCACCGAAGGCAACGGACUGCUAGCCUUUGUCGAAUACGUGCUAUUGCCCACGUCGGCACUCCUCGGCCAAAAGGAGUUCCGCGUUGACCGACACGAGCAAGAGCCGCUCAUAUACACAGAUGCGAAGAAGCUAUACGAGGACUAUGCGAACGAAGUGCUCACGCCCCAGAUGCUCAAGCCGGCAUUGUCCAAGGCGCUCAUUGAGCUGACGGCGCCGAUCCGCGCGGCGUUCGAGGCCUCGGCCGAGUGGCAGGAGGUGACAACAAAGGCCUACCCGCCACCGGAGGAGAAGAAGAAGAAGGUCAAGAAGGUCAAGAAUAAGGGCACACACUACCCCGUUCGGCCGAAGGAUGCCCAGGGGCAGGAUGGGGUGCCGGCCGAGGAACAACAAGAACAACAACCAGCGCAGAGCCAAGAGGCGGGUCCGGAAGAGAAGGCUGCAUGA